GGCUAUGAGAAGUUUCGGCUAUGUUUUUUUUAAUUUAUGCCACAGUUUGUUUCAUUCAGCGUAGUUGGAAGGUUGUAGUUCGAAGGCUCUUGUGAAUUCAAUGUAUUUUAGAAUAAGUUUUCGUUAGCAUUUUCGUAAUCUUUAAUCUCAAUGAACAUCUGGACCGUCACCGAAAAUGUUGACAAAUAUUUAAAUGUUGAAGUAUGUUGGCCCAGUAUCAGAUAGACAGAAUGGAAAAUUUGCAAUAUCUACGUAGGAUAACGUGACAGUGAAAAUUUUUUCUUACGCACAGGAUAAAACGUAUACGCCCAGUUCAGGAGUAGUGCAUGGUGACUUAUAUUCUCAACAAAUUAGAAGAAAAGAUUCAAGAUAAAGUGAAAUCAUUACAAUAAAAAUUCGCAAUGUAAAACUCAACACAAUGGUUACAUUUAGUGUGAUUUGAUAUCUGAAAGCAAUAUCAUGAACAGCGAAAACAUGAAAAAGGGGCAAUCCAGAAGAGCUGAUUUUUCUGACAAAAUGAUAACGAUUUUUAUGGUGAAAGAAACCAACACCUGCAAUUAAAAGUAUAUUUGAUAGACCUAGGGCAUGCUCACGAUGAUGUCGUGUUCAACCGAGGAUCCGGAUAAACUACUGAACGAGUGGCUUGGUGAACUGGAAAAUCUCAUAGGCGGCUUAGAGAUUUCAAACACAACCGUUGCCUCAUCAGUUGCUAGAUUACGUCCUAAAAGUAAUACCUCUACCGAACGCACCGAUUCGUACCGCUUUUCAAUGGCGAACCUGGAGGAAACACAUGAAGCUGAGUUGGAUGCGAUUCUAGGAGAACUUAGUUUGCUGGAGCAAAGAGGUGAAUUGCGCCAAGGUAGAAGUCAUUGUCGAACCAAUUCCACGAUUUCAGCAGCUACAAAUACUACUAUAUCUUCUGAAAGUGGUUGCAGUAGCGUUCCUGACAGUACUGCAAGCAUAAAUAGUUUACGUGAACCUAGAACAGAUAGUCCGGACAAUGACUCCGCAUUCAGUGAUACCGUUUCACUCAUGUCGAGUGAAUCCUCGGCUUCCAGUAGUGUAAGUUCACAUUUGAAAAAUUUGCAACAGAAUGUUCAAAUUACAGUAGAUUCUGGAAAGCAAGCGAAAAUUCAUCUAGCAUUGCAAAAGUUGGAGCAAGCUACAGUGCGACGACUUUUUGUGAAAGCUUUCACGGCAGAUGGCGCAUCAAAAUCGCUUUUGGUGGACGAAACUAUGACCUGUGGACAUGUCACACGAUUGCUUGCUGAUAAGAACCACGUUCAAAUGGAACCAAGCUGGGCGAUUGUGGAACAUUUACCGGAAUAUCAAAUGGAGAGAUUAUUCGAAGAUCACGAACUGCUGGUCGAUAAUUUAAUGCUGUGGAGCAGGGAUUCUAAAAAUAAAGUUUUAUUUCUACAACGUCUCGACAAGAUAUCUCUUUUUAAGUCACCAGAAUUGUUUCUACCAGGAACACAAAUGGCCCCUGGGAGUGAUCAUGAUGAGCACACUAGGGUUAUGCUUCUGGAUGAAUUUUUCUCUAGUUCCAAUCAAAUCCCGCUGGAGGGACCGCUAUAUUUGAAGAGUGAUUCUAAAAAGGGAUGGAAAAAGUAUCAUUUCGUACUUCGUGCAUCUGGUCUGCACUACUAUCCGAAGGAGCAAAAAGUGCGUUCAGUAAAAGAUCUUCUUUGCUUGGCACUGUUUGCCGGUCAUGAAGUUUAUCGGGGUUUGGGUUGGAAAAAGAAACACAAAGCACCAACAGAUUUCACCUUUGCACUGCGAUGCCCCAAAGUUCCCCCAAGCGCGAAAGGAAUACGAUCAGUGAAAAUGCUAUGUGCUGAGGAUGCAGCAACACUGGAAACAUGGGUCACGGCAAUUAGAGUUACCAAGUAUGGUAAGAAAUUACUCGAUAACCAUCGAUCGUUGACAGAAGAUUUAGCCCGGGAAGAAUUGGACAAGCUCUCGUCGGCUCGAAGUGGAUCCAUAGGGAGCAUAGUAUCAUCAGUUCCAUCUCAGUGCAGUAGUGGCAGUAGUAACAGCAGUGGUAGUGGUCCCAACCAUUUAGUUCCUGUUCACAAUAAUGGUCGUUUAUCUCGGGCAUCAAGUUCCAGUUCAAGUGGUUGUUUAUCAGAUGAGAACAACGGUUUCGAUUCUGAUUUCCCUACUGGAACAAUUAAGCGAAAACCAUCAAUGAAACCAAACUUACCGUUGACUUCAAUGACCAGACAGCUGAAAGAAGUAGGCGAAACUACGCGAUUAAACGAAUCGUCACCUACCUCACCGGAGCGAGGAGGAACUCUAACUAGGCGUCACAGUCGACGAAGAAGUGAAGAGAGUAACAAUAGUGGAACACUUAAACGUAAGUCCGUGAAUAAUCGUGGGUCCGUAGAAAGUAUGAGUUCUGCAGCUUCGACACCGACACCAACACCUACUAAUAGCGUUCCAGGAACUCCAGUAAAUCAACAACAGAUGCCAACAUUAGUCAUAAACAAUUUAUUGAAUAGUAUAAAUAGUUCUGCGCAACGAACUAGUAUAACUCCUCCGACUCCAACGAAACCAGUAACUUCCUUGGAGGCCAUGCCUUCUUGUAUGACUGAUUCAACAUUCUCACUGCCGCCUCCGCCGGAUGAUCUCGGCACAAAUUUUUCAGGUUCAAGUUUAUCGUUGGAUUCACUUCCCCCGCCACCUCCACCAAAUGAGUUAGAUAAUAAUUUCAGUGGAUCUCAGUUGUCAUUAGUUAGUGUUCAAAUGCCAUUGCCGCCCCUACCCCCACCCCCACCAAAUGUAGUCUCCGUGCAGUCCCUCCCAAUUGUUGAAGAGAAAACAAUGAUAUAUCAAGCAUUGCCACUAGCAAUGUCCCCGGUUAUUACAACAUCGCAAGCGGUAACUUCAAAUGAAAAUAUUGAAGUUACUAUUAGCAUUAAACAAUCAAUUAUGAAGUUCAACAGCCAAACUCUUCCAUCGCCUAUUACUAACUGUAAUGGUGUAAAAGUCGAACCCAUCUACUCCAAGACUUUGAAACCAUCUGCUUUGAAGGCACCUCCCUAUAAAGCACCACCACCAUAUAACGGAGACGUCUUAGUAGCUCAAACUCAAUCGUCAGCUCCUACCAAGAAUGUUUCUUUUGCCGAUUCACCUGUGCUUCUUAGGCGGAAGGUAUGCUUCGAAGAUGAAGUUCAAGAAUUACCACAUUCGCCACGCAGAUCAUCUCGAGAUAUUUAUUCGACACCGCCAACUCCUCCGCCCAGAGCAGAAGCAACGCGUCUAUCGACUUCCUAUACAUCGCCGAAAAGAUUAAGCGACUCCGCAUCGAAUCCUCCGCGAGAUUUCCUGAAAGAUUUGCAAAGGGUAGUGAAUAAAAAAUGGCAGAUUGCUCAGAAAUGUAAACUAGAGCCUGCUACAACUCCACAUGAAGUACUCGGUUUCAGAGAUUUACCAAGCGAAAAUUAUUCAUCACACUACUACAGAGAGUCGGCCAAUGUUAGUCACUGGGUCCAAGAACAUUAUGGCUCCGAAGGUUUAUAUGAGAAUCUAGGAAAUAAUGUGGGGAUGGAGCCGACUUAUCCGAAAACUCAACUUGUAGUAAGUGGAUUGAUCAAAAAACGACCUCCACCACCACCUCCCAAACGAAGUGAAAAGACACAGCUAACGACAACGGCAUCGCAGCAAAGAUUAUAAGAUUGGGCCCUUUUCGGGAUCUCCGACUGUUUGAUGACAGUUCGGAGGACCGUUCAUUGCAAACGGAUGUGUAAUGGAUCCGCAUGUAAUGUUAGUGAAGUAUAAUGUAAAUAAUGCAAUGGUUUUAUGUGCAGAUGGAGGCAUUAGAUUUUAAUGAGUUUGGUUAGUACAGUUGGUGACGUUAACCGGAUACAAUCAGGUUUAACAGAGAAGCAAGAGACUGGAACUAGUCAUAAUAUGACAUUCGCGAAAACGUAGAGAAAGGUCACUAUACAGAGCUGACCUAUACCACAUAGUCCGCCAUAAUGCUGUUGGGUACACUAGAUGUUGUCCAAUAUUACAAAACAGUCAUAAUUGUGAUGAGUUUUACGGUAAUGGUAACAUAAUUUAUUGAUGAAAAUAUCGCAAAUAUUGUGCAAAUAUACUAAAUUGAAAAUAUGUUACACAAACUAAAAAGAUAGAUUUGCUUAUCAAAACUGCAUCAAUUUAUUUUAUGCUUCUUGCGAUCAUAAACUGAACUAUCUAUCUUUUUCUAUCGAAUUUUGUUCAUUUAUAACUAUAGAUGAUGAAUUAGACAUAAAUAUUAUCUACAUGUGUACAUCUUUCGUUCAAUAUUUUGAAUCAAUGAAUACAUAACAGACCUUAAUUUUUCGAAUUCCUUUCGUAAGUUAAGAUAUAUUAUUGGUUUGAUAAAAAUCACAAUUAUGUGCCAUAGGCUGAAAAAACAAAUGCAAAAAAUGCAUAUAUUGUUGUAAACAACUUGUACUAUCUGGAUUUUUUUUUUCAAAUUUAUAUAACAGAUCAGUAUGUAUGAGCUUAAAGAAACUUUGUUAUGGCUCAUUUGUUACGUGUUUUUAGUUUGAGAAACGGUCUAAACAUCAGCAAGCUUAGCUCUAAAUUGUUCUUAUACGACAACUAGUAAAUUCUACCAUUCAUCUACAGAAGAGCAACCAACGGUAACGUAUUGAAAAAAAAACUUAUCUGGGAAACAAUAAUUAUAUUCGAAGUUUUUACAUAUGGAUAUACACAGGCAAUUUUUGAAUCAAACGUUUUGUACUGUCCACAUAUUGGACAAUAAAUUAUAUAGAACAAGAAUAUAGAAAUUGGUGCUUUCUUAAAAGAAUACUAAUGAAAAUAAGUGGUGAAUAAAUCUAAACAAUCGAACAUAAGCAGAAAAAGCCAACCACUAAAUGUUGCUUAUAUCGCAAAGUUAGGAUAAAAUUUGGAAAUCAAUCAGACUUAGCGUAUUCUUGAUCGAAUACCAAAACGUUGCUUUCGUUACAACACUGACAGUCGGAAACAGAAUGGAACAUAAAUAUAUAAUAAAUGUAUCAAAGCGGAAGCAAACAAACCGUCUCAACUAUAUACUAUAAGUUUUUUCACUAUUCAAUAAAACCACAUGUCAUAUGGAUGAUCGUGUUAAGUGAAAAGCGAAAUGGAAAUAACUGAAGGGAAACUAAGUUAAGGAAAAAAGAUGGAUGACAGAAAUUCAAUUUUAUGAAUUUUUAUAAUUAUCUAUACUCGUAAAAUACUUCGCAAUCCUAUCUUCAUUGUAAUGAAUGCGAAUAGUUCGAACAGCGUCAAAUAAACAAAAAAACAAAAAAUAAACGUUUUUUC